AUGACAGACUCUCUCAUCGUCACUGCGGAGGAGAUAAACCGUCUCAUUCAUGCUUACUUCGUCGACUCAGGGUUUCAGCACAGCGCAUACGUCCUGAGUAAAGAAGCCCAGCUCGAAAAGUCGCCGUGCUUCCGAAAGCAUGUUCCCUAUGGCACUCUCGUGGAUUUGCUGGGCAAGGCGCUGCAAUACGUCGAGACAGAGGCUCACUGGAGGGGCGAUGCCCUGACCCGAAAUUGCACUAGCGGCUUCUCUCUGAUCGACAAACAUAUCUGUGCUCUCGACCCGACACUGCCAGAGACUGUGACGCUGGAGGAAAUUGCUCCGCCACUUGGGGAAGAACAACUUCCCCCACCACCGCAGACAAAUGGCAAUGCCGAGCCCGCAGUUAAGCGGAAAGCGAGCACCCCCACGCCUGACGACGUGCCAAUGGAGAAGCGGGCGAGAACAGAACCUCUUGAAGACAACAUGGACCUUGAUAGUAUUGCAUCCUCAUCUGACGGUAGGACCACAAAUGCGAAGGCGUCGACCUCGCGAGCUAUUGCCUCACAAAGAAGUAAUGCCUCGAGAGCACCCAGACUGUCAGUUUCUUCUGACGACCUCGCCGAUUCGCAAGCUGCUACUCUUCUGAGGGGACAUAAGACAGAGGUGUUUGUAUGCGCUUGGAACCCAGCCAACAAAAAUUUGCUAGCGUCAGGAUCGAGGGACGCCAUAGUGCAUAUAUGGGACCUUCCAUUGCCGAAGCAAGAUAGCGUUGCGCAUUUACACCCGCCACACACCCCUGUGACCUUCGCAUACUAUCCAAAACCCGAGCAGGGGGACCUGACAUCACUGGACUGGAGUCCUGACGGGACAUUACUUGCUAUAGGUUCCUACGAUGCGAUCCUGCGUGUCUGCAAUGCUUCAGGGGAGCAGUAUUUUGCCAACUCACAGCACGAGGGUCCAAUAUUCGCAGUCAGUUUUUCUAAAUCGGGUCGCUGGAUCCUCACCGCGAGUUUGGAUGGUACGGCCUGUGUCUGGGACGUCAAGGGCAAAAAACUGCAUCAACAGUUUAAAUGUCAUCCAGUGGGUUGCCUGGACAUUGACUGGAUAACUGCGGACACCUUUGCCACGUGCGGAGCUGAUGGGACCAUUCAGAUCAGAACCCUAAGUCAAACACCGCAGCAAGUGGCUGCUUCCAAGAGUCAGUUGUUAGGACACGAGAAUGAAGUGAAUCAAAUCAGGUGUAACCCGUCAGGUACAAGACUAGGAUCUUGCUCCGACGAUCGAACUACGCGAAUAUGGAAUAUCGAAGAUAUCGCCCACGGACACCAGCCAAACGAUGUCCGGGACGUGAUGAUUUUGACAGGUCACACAGACUAUGUGAGCACCCUCGCGUGGUGUCCUGUGACGAGACCUGGCGAACACGAAAUUAUUGCGACGACUUCAUUCGACGGUACAACCCGCUUAUGGGACAGCGUGACGGGCGAUUGCUUGCAAGUAUUCCAGGAUCAUUUGGACCAGGUGUAUACCAUGGCGUUCAGUCCAGACGGGCGAUUUCUUGCGUCGGCUGGUAACGACGGAUGGCUGCACAUUUACGACGUCAAGACAAGGACAAGGCGAUGGUCGUGGUUUGCAGGAACUGAAAGACCCGGCAUUUUCGAGAUUGACUGGCAGCUGGCGGGCAAAACCAGCCGGUUGGCAAUGGCUCUUCAGUCACAGCAGGUUGGGGUGAUAGACCUGACGCAUGUACCCUGUCUCCUUUAG